AUGGGAGUUCAUAAUAAUGAGCAGGAGGAGGAUGGACCUGAGUUGGAUAUGAGCCCACAGGGUAUCAGGAACAGAGCUGCCAGCAAUGAAAUACUUAGACGCCAGGUGAAGGAGUUGGAGGAGGAGGAGAGGAAGCGAGCGACCUACGGCGAGGACGCCGACGAGGAAAAUGAGGACGAGGACGAGGACAGAAACGACUACAACGACGACGUGGCCGACGAGCACGAGUUUGACGAGGACUAUGAGGACCAGCUGGAGGACUAUCACGAUGGCGAGGGCGAGGGCGAUGGAAGAAUGGAGGUGGCACGUCUCCAAGCGCGAAGAAAGCUAAAGGCAGAGGAGGAUGAGCUCGACUCGCUCAGCCGUCUCAGUACAAACCUGGACAACCCCAUCGACCCAGAUACAUUGUCGCCUCAGCAGCUGGAGCGCGUCGUCUACGACGCCGAGGGCAAGAUCAUCCCACCCGAGAAGGUGACAGCACGCGACAUCUACCUGCAUCUGGUGAGGAAGUACCGUGCGGCCCCAACCAAGGAACACAAACGCGAGGAUGCAUUCAACGACGUGCUCUUUGACGACGACCAGCGCGACUUGACCCUGCUCCAGAACAGCAUGGACAAGGAUCACAUAAACCACUCCUCGUCCAAGGAGUACAAGCGUAUGAAGGAGAGAAACGAACGUCUGCAGCAGCGCGAACUCCUAAUGGAGCAGGCCGCCGAGCAGGGUGCCGAGAACAUCGAGAAGUACCGUGUCAACCCCCGUCUGGAGGAUCUCAGAGCAAAGAAGGCCGCCAAGGCCACCGAGGACAAGUCGUCCAGCGAGUACAUGCUCAAGAGACUCGAUGAGAUGGAGCGUAAUGGAGAGUUCUCCGAGCCGGUGACUCGUUCGCCCACCACAGGCAAAGAGGUACUUGGCAACAAGAAGUAUCCAAAGUGUUUGUUAUGUUAUGAUUAUGGAUGGAAGAUGACACCAAUGAAUGUACCAUUGCUGAGUGUAUAUUUGAACAAGGAUGGAGAUAUUCUACCAAGGUACAUCACUGGCAACUGUCUGAAGCAUCAGAAGAAGAUCGCAAGAAAGAUCAAGCACGCCAAGCAUCUGGGCCUGUUCUCGUACAAGAAUGGCAGGUUCACCAUAUACGAUCCCAACGUCGUUCCACCCACCGCCAAGGAGCAGGCCGACUACACCAGAUGGUACAACGGUGACUUCACCGACGAGGACUGGUUCGGCAAUGAGCCAACCGAGGAGGUGGACACCAUGGAGAGUCCAAUCGACACCGAUAAGGAGAGACAGAAGUACAAGGAGUCGCUCAUGCUGGACCUUGGUAUCAGCGAGGCCGAGGCCAACCACAUCAUGGCAGGCAAGUUCUUCAAGAUCAAGAGCAAGGAAGGCCAAUAA